AUGGUCUCCUUCGCUGCGCCUCCGGGCGCGAUGCCUCCACCGCCAACACCGCUACCCAAACGACCAACGAUGAGCUUGAAGCGCGACAGCUCGUAUCUCGACACCGACGACGAGGCUGGACUGUCAACGACUACCAAAAGAUUGAAAGUCACCUUCAAUGAUCACGACGAUGUUCGGAUAAUCCAAGACUGGAACGACAAGAGCUUCGACCUCGUGAAGGAAGAGGUCCGCAUCGGCAUACAGCGUCAUCUGGCACCCGACGACCUACGAGAUGAUGCGCAAUACUCCAAACUCCUGCAGACUCUCGGACAAGAUGUAUUCUCGGGUGAUGCGCCUGGGACAAACCUGCUGAAAAAGUAUGUCAUGGCUUUGGACGGCAAAGUCACGAAUCUCGGCGAAUGUGGCAAGCUGGUCAUGGCGGUCCUGGAUCUGUCGUGGCUAGGAAGAGACGAGGAGUUUAUCGACGUAUAUACCAAGUUCCUGGUUGUAUUGGGCAGCACGAAUGGCAAAUACAUCGCUCCGAUGAUGGAGAGGCUGGUAUCACACUUCGAGAGGCUCCCCGCAUCCACCGGCCGACUACCCGGCGAGGAGAUUGUGACAAGGGCUGUGAUGUUCGAGAGGCUGCACGCUACGAUCCACACGAUCCUCAGACGCAUACCAUCUGCAAGCAGUGUGCUGCUCAGGAUGAUGAAGCACCAAUUUCCGAACGAUCUCUCCACCACGAAGAGCUACCUCCAGUACCAGAGGCAUGUUCUCAGAAUCGCGGAUGCUGUCCCAGAAUUGAAGGCUGAGGUCAUUGCAUUGAUUGUGCAGCGUCUUGUCAGCAUCGAUGUUCAGAUCCAGCACGAUCUCGAGGACUUGGAAGACGAUCAGGAAGACGCGCUCUUGCAGAGACCCCGGAAUGACGAUACCAACCUUGAAAACGAAGAUGAAGAUGACAGCGACCUUGAUUCGGUUUCUGAGUCUGAGAUGACUACCACAGAAGAAGAGCAACAAUUGCGAGACUUGCGACUGAAGGUAGCCAAGAUGGACGGCACACAAGACCUCCUCUUCGAAUACUACGAGCCCUCUUUCACCGCCGAAUCCACACCGCAAAAGAAUAUCGCCUACCAAGAACUGCUCUCCCAGUUCAAGAGCUUCAUCAUGCCCAACCGAUCUCGACACGCACAAUUCCUUCUCUUCCACUUCGCCCAGAUAUCGCCGGUCUACGCCGCGCACUUCAUCCAGCAGUGCCUUUCUCUCACGGUCGACCAGAACGUACCCAACACCACCCGACUCACAGCUUGUGCCUAUGUCGCGAGUUUUAUCGCCAGAGCAUCACACCUACCUCCCGACGUCACUAGGACCGUCGUCGGUGCGUUGUGUUCCUUUUUGGACGAGAUGCGAGUGCGCUACGAGCCCAACUGCAAUGGACCCGACAGGAAGAGUUAUUCCGUGUACUACGCCGUGGCGCAAGCGCUGUUGUACAUCUUCUGCUUCCGAUGGCGAGACCUUGUGGUUGGCAGAACGUCACCUCAGUCACCUGGAGAACCUUUGAUUGAAGAAGACGUGGUUGCCGAGGGUCAUGAUCUGAUCUGGUACUCUGCUCUCAAGGAGACUCUGAGCAAGAACAUUCAUUCGAAACUGAACCCUCUCAAAAUCUGCUCGGCCGCCAUCGUUGGCGAGUUUGCCAAGAUCGCCAACCACUUAAAGUUUCUGUACGUCUUCUCGAUCCUGGAGCGUAACAAGCGGGUUCGGCUUGGACAGUUUCGAACAUUCCAGCGGAACGGCAACGUCGACAUUGGACGAAGAGAGACGGCUUGGGACCGCAAGAGUGGCGACGCUCACCAUCAGCUCGAAGCGUACUUUCCAUUCGACCCCUAUCACCUACCGCUGAGUAAGAGAUGGCUGGAAGGUGAAUACAACGAAUGGCAGCUUCCACGCGGCAUGAAGAGGGAUGACGAUGAUGAAGAUAGCGAUUCUGAGGAGGAGUACGACAGCGAAGAUGAGGACGACAUACCGGAGGACUUGACAGGAGGACCUGUCCAUUCAGGGCUGCACGCCAGCAGCGCAAUCUCUGUUAGCGAUUGA